AUGGCUCUGAUAGAAAGGGUCUGCAUCCUAUUAAGUGGGAAGAGGUUCCCAAAGAUUGUGGAGGACUGGCUAAGCUCAACUGGUCUGUUUGUUGCUGAAAAUAGUGAGAAACUCUUCUCUAGAGUCAUUAAAGCUAAAUACCUGAAUAGGAAUAGGGUUGCAACCUCUUUUAGAAAUGGUUCUCACAUCUGGAAAAGCAUGGGCAGGGGACUCUAUGCUAGCAAGCCUUUGGCGUCUGUGGCUCGUUUGAUUGAUUCCGGGUCUGGUGAGUACCCGAUGCUCGAUAUUGGAAAGACCCGUACCUCGCAACUGAGCUCGGAGUCACUGACCCUGAUUUUGUCAACUAAGCGCUUCGCCCAUGAUUCUCCGAAGAGAAAUGGUUUCCUGUGA